GCUGCGGCCGUGAGGCAGGGCAGGGGAGGAGGCUCCGCGCCGGCCGGACCAAGCAGCUUCCCUCCGUCGUCGCCCCCGCCAGCCCGGCCAUGGCGUACGGUGGCCUGACGGUGCCCUUCAUCGUCAUGAGCGUUUUCUGGGGGAUGGUCGGCGGCGUCCUGCCGUGGCUCGUGCCCAAGGGGCCUAACCGCGGUGUUAUCAACACAAUGCUGAUCACAUGUGCUGUUUGCUGCUACCUGUUUUGGCUGAUCGCGAUUCUGGCUCAACUCAACCCUCUCUUUGGGCCACAGUUAAGCAAUGAAACAAUCUGGUAUCUUAAAUAUGAGUGGCCUUAAGGAUCUCUGUCCUCUGCUGCAACUCAUUGACUAGGUAAAGAGGAGAUUUCUUCCAGAUGAAAAACUCUACUGACCCAAAGAUGCUCUUAACGUAGCUGGUUGGAUACCAAGCCUGCAUUAAUGCCUUAACCUUUUUAUUGUGCUUUAAACUGGCUUGUUGAAAGCCCUGUAUUUUUUCCUACUAUACCAUUUAACAGUGUGCCUAAUGGAAUUUAUACUUCAAUGUUACUGUACAUUUUUUGCCUGUUAGUUUCAGAUAUGAUGGAUUUUUUUUUAAUGGGUCAUAUGUUUUCAUUUUACUCUGUAGGAACACUGUGUAAAUCUUUACAGGUCGUGGGUUGACUGUUGCUGUGCUGUUCACUCCUGUUCUGUUUGAUGGCCCUUGGGGGAAAAAAGUGUGUACAAUUAAAGUCUAUGAAGAGAAACAAUGGUGCCACUUGUUAAUGGCAUUUAGUUUUCAAAAUGAGUUGUGUUCCUGGGAAAUUUGGUCUUUGGUUUCUUGUACCUGGAAAUAAAAUUGAUCCUCUGCUUUAUA